AUGAAGGCAAAGGACACACAGGUUUUGGGGAAUUUGCUCCAAACUGCUUGCUAUAAAUACACUAUAGCGGAAUGGAACGACUACAUGAAGGAAAUCUAUGAGAUGGCUCUAGUCGUAUAUGAGAUUGCAAUUAAUUACUCGCCAGAGCAUUGGGCAAAUGCCUUCUUCCCUGGCAUUAGAUGUGGCCAUAUAACCUCUAAUGUCGCAGAAUCCUUUAACAGCUGGAUACGUGAAGCCCGUUUGUUACGUAUCCUACAAAUGGUGGAGCAUAUCCGAAAACAACUUAUGACUCGCAUGAACAACAGACGGAUAAUGGCGUGUAAGUGGACAAGCUAUCUUUGUCCUAAAGCUGAGCAGAUUGUUAGAGAAAAUAUGGAAAAAGGGCGCACUUUAGAGAUUAGGCAAUCUAGAGAGGAUAUUUUCGAAGUUCAAUUCCAUAGAACCACUCACGUUGAUUUAGAGAAUAGGACAUGCACUUGCCGAGCUUGGGACGUAACCCGUAUUCCUUGUCUCCAUGCUUGUGCAGUCAUUAUUUAUAUGAAAAGAGAUGUAUAUCAAUGUUGUGAUUGGUUCAUGUCCGUAGAAGCGUUUAAGAAGAGCUACGACGAAAUAUUAUAUCUCAUACCAGACUAUGAGAAACGGAGUGUGCCCAAGGAUGAAAUCCAGAUUUUGCCACCAAUUACCACUAAGAGGAGGGGAAGAAAUAGAACAAGACGCAUAAACAACAGAACCAUAUACAAACGGCCCGUCAAAUGUUCUCGGUGCAAAGUUGAAGGUCACAAUAGAGCAACCUGCAAUGAGCCCAUCCGUGACUAG